AUGGAAAUAUUUGAUCUCUUAGGAGAGGAUAUAAUUACAGAACAUUAGAAUGAUAAGAUCAAAUAAUUAAGAUCAGAAAAACAAUAAAUAAAGAAUGAAUUAUAUAAAUAGAAAGUAGUUUAGAAGAAGAAAGAUAAAAAAAAGAAAAUAAAGCAAUAAAAAUAUGAAAUGAUUUAAACAUUAGAAACUUAAGAAUAAAAGAAUUAAUUUGUUCAUUCAUUUAAAGGUAUAAGAAAUCAAAAGAAAGAGAAUGGAAUUAAAUCACUUUAAAGUCCAUUUAAGAUUAUUAUUGAUUGUGGUUUUGAAGAUAAUAUGUCAGAUAAAGAGUAAAGAUCACUUGCUAGAUAAUUAUCUGAAUUAUAUACAGAAAAUAGAAGAAUGGAUGUUCCUCUAAAACUCUAUGUGACUAAUAUCUAUCCAAUAUUGCAUAAAUAUUUAGAGUAAUAUAAUUAUAAAUAAUGGUAAUUAUUAUCAGAUGAGAGGUUAUUCACAGAUAUAGAAGAAUUUUAAUAAGCAAAUAUUGUUUAUUUAAGUCCUGAUGGUGAAGAAGAAUUAUAAGAGAUUAAAGAAGAUGAAGUAUAUGUUAUAGGUGGACUUGUUGAUAGGUAUUUAUUAAAUUAUAAUAUUUUUAGAGUUAUUUUAAAAAAUGCUACUUUAAAUAGAAGUAGAUAAUUAGGAGUAAGAUGUGCUAAAUUACCUAUUGGAUAAUUAAUAAAAAAGAAUUAUAAAAAAUGUUUAAAUGUUAGUACAGCUGCCUUAAUGAUAUCAGGAUGGUUAAAAUAUAAAGAUUGGAGCAAAGCUUUCGAUAGUAUAGUACCUCAAAAAUUUAAAGAAUAAGAUGAAGAACCUUAAUUGUAGUGAG